CUACCUAGUUUCGCUUCUCGCUCAAGCGAGCUGCAGCCGACGUCAGUGGCUUUGCCCUCAUAGUUUUCACAGCUAUCCUUUGCUCUGACAUUUGAAGUAGAUAACGCGCGCCUACAAGUCUGCGGAAGCCGCUGCCGGCGCGGCAAUUAGAAGCCGAGCAGUCUUCGUGUUAUUCAACGAUGUCCACUCGCAAGCAAUAUGCUUGCGAUUUAGCUUGUAGACUAGUUCAGGACCAGUAUGGUGACGCCGUCGGGCACCCCUGCCCGGCACACACCCGUACCCGGCACGCUGCGCACCGCGCAGAAAGUCUUCAAGCUGCUGGUCUCGAAGGGCCAGCUGCAGCUCGGCGACAUCGUGCGCGGCACAAGCAUGAACCCCAACAUUGUGAAGCAGGCACUGCUCAUCCUCAUCCAGCAGAACUGCAUCAACUCCUAUCUGCAGCCCGGCGAGGAGACGCUGCGCGGCCCCCGCCCCAGCUUCUACCUGUACGAGGCCAACACGGACCGAGUGCUGCAGAUCAUCCGGCACCCGCGCUUCCUGCUGCACAUCAAGGACGAGGCGGGCGAGGUGGCGGAGGCGGUCAUCGCGCAGCUGCUGCAGGAGGGGCGUUUGCGCAUGGACCAGGUGUUGGGCAGUGUGGCGGCGCGGCUGGGCAAGGCCCUGGACAAGGAGACGCGCGACAGCAUCAGCAACACCUUCAUCAGCCUGGUGCAGGCGCACUACGUGGAGCGGUCGCCGCCUUGCAGCCUGCCGCCGCCCGCGGUGCGGCCGCACCCCAACAGCGUGCGUACACGCAAGGCCAAGUCAGCCGCCAGCAACACGGAGGGCUACGCGGCCGAUCAGGCGGCGGCCCUCAAGUCCUUCGAGGAGCUCAGCUUCGAGAAGCAGAGGUUCAAGGUGCCUGUGGACUUCGAGUACGAGAUCGUGGAGGUCAAGCCCAAUCCCGCAUUCCGAGUGGAGCCGGCCCGCGGGGUGGUGCCGGGCCGAGGGCGUGUGACGGUGGACAUGUGGUUCUGCCCGCUGGCGCUCACGACGGAGGAGGCAGUCAUCGAGGUCCGAAUCGCAGAGUUCAACUCCAAACCAGUGCAAUGCCGCCUGACCGGCUCCGCCUUCCCCGGAGCCGGCCGCGACGCUGCCCUGGCCGCCACGACAGCUGCCAACACCGCCGCCGCCGCCGCGGUGGCGGCGACACUGGGGCGCGGCGAGCGCACAGCGGCAGCUGCUACAGCCAACGGCAAGCACGGCGGCGGCGGUGGUGCUACAGCCUCUGGGCUGAAGGGGGCGGACCUUGCGACUAUGGAGGCGCUGGAGGGCGGGCUGACCAUGCAGCUCGCCGCCAAGGGGCUCCCGGUCAACCCCGGCGGCGGCACGCUCCGCGGCGGCGCGGGCAACGGCGACGCCUACACAGUGGCCGUGAUGAGCCACCGCGCGGAGGCGGCGGCGGCGCGCGACUGCCGCCGCGACGGCCCCAUCCGCUCCAAGCCGCCGUUGCUGCCUGCGACCGCGGGGGAGACGGAGGUGGCGGGUGUGUAUGUGCCUGACACGAUGCUGCUGAGCGCAGCGGAGGUGGGGUACGUGCUCAACCAGUCGCCCGGCAGGCUGCGUACCAAGGACGUCCGGGGUGCCAUCGAGGCGCGCAAGGCCGCGGCGGCGGAGCAGCAGGCGGCGCUGGAGAAGGUGCUGGGCGGCUCGGCGGGCGGCGGCGGCGGCGGCCGGGCGGGCGGCGGCGGGCUGGGCGGCAUUCACCCGCUGGAGCGACCCGACAUACCCGCGGACGUCAAGGGCGCGCUGUUCCGGCUGCAGCUGGCUCUGGCGGAGGAGGCGGCGCGCAAGGUGGCACUGGGCACGGCGCCGCACAGCGGCCAGCAGCUGCUCACGGCGGAGCAGGUCCGGCGCAUGCAGCGGCAGCGGCAGGAGCAGCACCGGCGGCACCAGCUGUCGGAGGAGAAGCGGGCGGCCAGGCGGCUGGCGCCGGAGCUGGAGGCGGGCGGUGCGGUGCACCAGCCCUCAGCACCAGUCGGCAGUAGCAGCAGUGGCGGCGGCGGCGGCUCGGACCCGGCGUUCAAGCCUGAGUGGCGACUCAUUGAGGGCAGCGACUGGCACAAGCGCACGCGCGUGCUGGACAAGUUCAUGCGGGCGGUGUGGCGGGUGGUGACGCACCAGCGCCUGCAGCGGCGGCUGGAGAGGAUCAAGGAGGUGCUGGCCCACCUGGGCUACGACAAGCAGCGCCUGGCGGAGGAGGCGGCCAACCCCGUGCUGCUGGUCAGCGAGAGCGACAGGCCGGGCACAGCGCCCACCAAGUACCUGCGGCCCGAGAUGGUGCGGGUGCGGCCGCUGCCGCUGUACCGGGACGUGCUGUUCCAGGUCCACCACGCUACCGACCUCAGCCACUACACCGACUUUGACGAGCUGGCGCCCUUCACCUCCAAGGUGCCCCUGGAGUAUCGGCUGUUGGGCUACGCGCCCGAGCCGCUGCCCGGCCUCACGCCCUACCUGCCGCCGCUGGCCGACCAGCCGCUGCUGGAGGGGGCCGUGGAGGAGGUGGCGGCGGCGGGCGAGCGGCUGGUGCCGUCUGGUCUGGUGCCACCCCUGUCCGACUACCCGACCAUGCCGGACGCGUGCAAGAACAUGCCGUACAUAACCCUGGAGAUCGGAAACCGGUACGGUGAUGACCGGGUGUACGGCGCCCCGGAUCCGUCGUACAGCCCGUACGGCAGCCUGGACGUGGACUACGCCGUACAGCCGCGGCAGUACGACGUGUACGACAGCGCCCGCCACGAGGCGGUGGCGAGCGGCGGCGUGCGGUCGCUGCGGGGCGGGCCGGGCCUGUCUGACAGCUGGCUGGUCCGACAGGACACGUGGGCAGUGCAGCUGGGUGCCGAGGUGGUGCCUGCGCUCAUGUCGGGGCCGGGGGCGGGCGAGCUGCCCGAGGACCGGCCCGAGGACGGAGACAAGCCCAAGAUCUGCCCGGCCGUGCCCACUGACGAGCAGCUGGCCAAGUACCUACCCACCUCCAGUCGGGCGCAGGAGCUGCCGCCGCCGCCCGGCACAGCCGCGUCAGCCGCCACCACACACACACAGCUGGACGCAACCACCACCCCUCGCGGCGACCCCUCCGCCUCCCCCUCCUCGCCCUCCACCUCCUCCGCGGCGCCCACCGCCUAUCGGCUGGUCCGCGACCGCCACGUGUCAGACCUGGAGGCGGCCAAGGCGGCGGCGGCGGCGGCGGCGCUGCAGGCGUGGGAGCGGCGGCUGGAGGACUACAACGCGCUGCUGCGGCGGCCCUGUCAAUUCGCUCUGCACCUGUAGCCGGGGCGCGGCGCCUUCUGUGGUUGGGUGCGCUACACCUGGCUUUCUCGGCUUCGCGUUGUGACUGUUACAAGCGUCGUCGAUACGGCAUCUGUAGCGGGGCGCUGUAGGGCUGUGUGUGGGAACGUUGUGGUGGUGGUGGGAGGCAGGGGGGUUCGGGGAAGGAGGCUGUGGGGCGUGGAAGGUGUGAGUGUGGUGAUGUGAGGAUGAGAGAAGGAGGAGGGAAGGGAACACGCCGCACGCGCGCACGUGUGUACCGUAUGUGUGCGAGCACGAAGAGGCCACCGCACCAGAGACGGCGGCGUGUGGUCACGGCCUCUCACGGCCGCGGGGUUUGGGGUGGUCGGCCCCGGCAGCGUGCUGACAUGCUGACGUGGGUCAUAGGACGCCAGAUACUGCGUGUCCAGCAAAUUCGGCAAGAGGAAAGGGCUGCGGGUCGGUGUGCGGUUCCGUUGGGCUGUCGCGUCAUCAGGGUCAACGCCUCAACGGACCGCUAGCUUGGCCGCCUUGGCGGCCAUGCUGGUCAGCGGAUGGCUAACACGUGAGACUUGCACAUGUAACUGUACGACGGC